AUGGCGGACUCUAUAUCGUCUGUACUUGUCGACUGUUUGAAACUCUUCAACACUCUCAUAUCCCGGACCGAAUUGGCAUCUUAUUCGACUGAGGUACCAAUGAGCCUGUGGACUGAUGAACUGGGGAGGUUACGUCUGUGGGCGGGCAAUAUCGGCGCUCAUCAAACUGGCCAGUCUUCCCUUGACUAUCGUCUGAGAGAUGCAUCGCAUAUCAAAGGUCAGACCGUUAAGCUCCUGGAGCGACUCCGGCAGAAUCUCCAAGACCUCGACGAAUUGUUGGAUGGUAUCGAUCUAGAAGACGAAGAGUUCUUGCUCCAAGAAGACGACGAGACCGAAGCGCAGCAGAUUUAUGGUGGUAUUGUCACCACUGUUGAUUGCCUCUUCCAGAUAAGCAUGAUCAUCCGCCGCCCAACGCAACACGACAGGCUUCUAGGCACGAAGAAGCUCGAUGCCACAGCUUUCGAACCCUUUGACAAACAGCACGUCGCCCACAAGUAUCCUCAGGCCCCUCGCGUUGUCGCUGACCGGCUGGGCGCGGCUAUUUCACGACGCAGAGCGGUGCUGAAAUACCGUGAACGACAUCACGCGAAGCUCGGACAAGGCAUCGACGAACCCGAUGCUCUUUCCACGCGGCUCUCGGAAACAAUUGCCACUGACUUUGAGGAAACCCAUAUUGAUUUUGAGGAGACAGGCUCAAAUUCAGGUCUUUCUCAAACGUCGUACGCCACAAGUCUCUGGGAGAGCGGUGAUAAAAUCAUAGUUCCACGGCCUCCAAAAGAAUCAAGUGGUGGAAAACCCUUCGAAUGCCCAUACUGUUUCUACUUCAUCACAGUCUCCAACAGACGUUCGUGGAUUCGGCAUGUUUUCAGGGACCUGAUGCCUUAUGUCUGCGUGUUUCCUGAAUGCACCGCUUCUAAUCGACUAUACUGCAGUCGACGCGAAUGGUUUCAACAUCUUCGGUCUCGACACUUGUCAGGAUCCGCUCCAGGUGACAAGAGCGAUUGUCCAUUGCACUGUGGUGCUAGUCUACCUGCCAUAUCGAUUGAGCGACACCUUGGGAAACACCUGGAGGAGCUAGCAUUGUUUGCUCUUCCAAGAAUGGAAGAAGACGAUGGCGACGACAACAACGAAGACUCACUGAUUCGCACCCUGAUACGAGAAUUGGAACACGAGGGCGAGGUCAACAGCAACUCUUCUUCUUCUUCUUCUUCUUCAGAUGGGAUGAUAACUCCAGGCCCGUCCAAACCUGAAGAGGAGUCGAAGUCGGGUUCAAUGAGUGGGGGAAUCGGGAGCCAUGUUGAUAGUAUGAGCCCAUCCGAAGGCUUCGUGGAGGAUGGUGGGAAUGGCGACGAUAGCGAGAGUGAGGUGUUGAUAUUGACACAACCCAAGAAUAAACAAAUAGCGCGAGAGGAGAUCCUGUUGGAAGCCAAGCGGGAAGAAGAGGAAAUGAAUAUAAAGGCGGCUAAAAUGAAAGAGAAGUUCCUCAUGGAGGAGGAAGCCCGUAUCGAGAGUAAGAAGCAGAAAAAGAAGGCCGAGGUUGAGGAGUUUGAACGCAAAGUCAAGGAGAAGUUCAUGAAUGCCGGGGCGACAAAGCGCCUGGUCUUGGCACCCGCUUGGGACCGUGGCCUGCCGCUUUACUCAGGCAUCAUGUGA